AUGUCUACCCGACCGCAAAACCAGAACCCAACUCAAGGCGACGACGUUUCAAAGCUCGAAGAAGAAGAUUAUGAAGAAGAAGAGGUGUUGAAACUUGAAGAAGAAGUGGAGCAAAUAGCCCAGAAAGUACUCGAGUACAGAACUACACUUCCGGACCAGCUUAACUCCACACUCGCUUCUCUUCUCUCUUCUCAACGACCCAUUAUUACCCCGAGCAGUUUGUCCGAAAAUGGAUCUGAACCCGGACCCGAAUCGGAGGCGGGUCAUAAUUCAGGUGUACCUGUUGAGUCAAAUAUAAUGGCCUCAUUAGUUGGAGAGGAUCAAGAGGAAGCUGAGAAGAUCCAACUCCUUAAACAGAAGAUCUCAAGAAACGAACAAGUUGACCAGGGAAUUGUUGGCUCGACAUAG